GUCUCCCCUGUCACGUGAUCAGUCAGCUGGUCUUCAGCACAUCCGCCUGACCCGCUUCUGUUUACAAACCAGCAGAUAGUCGGACAGAGCAGAAUGAGGAGCCCUGCGUGAUCCGAACAGGUACCCAAAACACACCGAGAGCCAACAGCGACUAGUCCUCUUUUUCUUCUGAAUCGUGGCUGAGGAGAAUCACAAGACUGUGACACUCUGGUUGGGUCGCGGUCAUGCAGCACCCAAAUUUUGAGACCCGCCACCCUCUACAGACGGACGAGCAGGAGACGGGUCUAGAUCCGCUCAAUAAUUUCAACAAGAACCGCAAUAGAGGAUCUCUUGACAGCAGCACUUACUCACAGCCUCAGUCAACCUUCCUCUCAUACAGGAAAGAAUGGGACGACUUGUUCCUCAACAGUAAUUACCUGGCCCGGAUCCGGCAGGCAGGCAUCAACGGUCGGCUGAGGAGCAGCCGCUUUCGGAGCGUAUGCUGGAAGCUGUAUCUGGAGGCUCUUCCAGAAGACAAGGGUCAGUGGAUCAACAAGACCAAGGAGCUGCGAGGCCAGUAUGAGAAGAUCAAAGAAACGCACAUCACUAAUCCUCGCAAGGCUGCAGGCCAGCAAGACCUGGGGGUCAACAACCCACUGUCCCAAGAUGAAGGGAGCCUGUGGAACAAGUUCUUCCAAGAUAAAGAGCUGAAGGGGAUGAUCAAACAGGAUGUGUUGAGAACGUUCCCUGAGAUUCGUUAUUUCCAGGACGAGGAUGUGAGGACCAAGCUGACGGACAUCCUCUUCUGCUAUGCCAGAGAAAACGAACAGUUACUGUAUAAACAGGGGAUGCACGAACUGCUGGCUCCCAUAGUGUUCGUGCUGCACUGUGACCAUCAAGCCUUCCAGCAUGCCAGCGAGACGGCUAGCCCCAGUGAAGAGAUGAAGUGUUUGUUGAACCCAGAGUUCCUCGAGCAUGAUGCUUAUGCUCUGUUCUCGCAGCUGAUGGAGACAGCAGAGCCGUGGUUCUCCAGCUACGAGAGGGAAGUGAGGAAGGGUAAGGAAGAGAUGCUGACCAGCAUCCCGUUUGCCCGGCCCCAGGACUCCGGACCUUCUGUUGCCAUAGUGACCAAAGUCAACCGCAUCCAGGACCAGCUGGUGAAGAAGCACGACGUUGAGCUGCACAUGCACGUCAACAGACUGGAGAUCGCCCCGCAAAUCUACGGCAUCCGGUGGGUGCGCCUGCUGUUCGGUCGCGAGUUUCCGCUCCAGGACCUGCUGGUGGUGUGGGACGCGCUGUUUGCUGACAGCAUCACUCUGGACCUGGUGGACUACAUCUUUGUGGCCAUGCUGCUCUACAUCCGAGACGCCCUGAUUGCCAGUAACUUCCAGACUUGCCUGGGCCUGCUCAUGCACUACCCCCCAUUAGGAGACAUCAACUCUCUACUGCAGAAGGCUCUUUUCCUCCGAGACCCCAAAAAUAAUCCACGACCUGUUAACUACCAGUUUCAACAAAACCUGGAUUACUACAAAACAAGGGGAGCUGAUCUGAUGAACAAAACACGCACCGGCUCCAGUGCAAAGACGGCCCCCCUCAACAUCAACAAAGUCUCCAGCAGCCUGCUCAGCUUCGGCAGGAAGCUCAUCGCUCCGGCCAUAUCCAGCAGUGGUGUCUCACCAAUUAACAGCGAGGUACACUCCACCUCCUCCUCCGCUUCAUCGACUUCCCCCUUGGCGGUGCCGGCGCCCACCCUGCCUCACCCGCUCGCUGAGCCCCCAUCAGGCCACGCCCCUCCACAGCCCCAGGGUCACGCCCAGAAUCAGCACUACCGCCUGCUCAAGUCCGAGAGCAUGCCGGUCCACCUCAGCAAAGAUGUAGUUUCAGGUGGAGUGUCUCAGGGCUCUAAUCCAGCGCAGACUCACACUGACACACAAGGCCAAAGCUCGCGGACAGUCAGCUCCUCACCCAGCAUAGAAAGCCUCACGGGAGGGCGGGGUCAGUCCACCGCCUCCCCGCCUCUGCCCCCCUCCAGAGGGAGUGAUGGCAGCACAUCAUCUCCGCCCCUCUCCGCCACCAAGAAAGAGUCCUUCUUCAACAUCACUCGCUCUCGCUCCCACAGCAAGACCAUGGGCAAGAAGGAGACGGAGGAGGACCUGGAAGCCCAGGUAUCAUUCCUGCAGGGUCAGAUCAACGACCUCGAAGCCAUGAGCAAAUACUGUGCCAAGAUGAUGAACACUCACAUCUUUAAAAUCCAGGAAGUGAUUCUCCAAGAGAACCUGGAGAAAGAAGAUGAGGUCUUAGUGUCUCUGGCUGGACUCAAACAGAUCAAAGACAUCCUCAAGGGGGCGCUGCGCUUCAACCAAAGCCAGCUGGAAGCCGAGGAGAACGAGGAGAUCACCAUCGCUGAUGAUCACUACACCUCCACGGCAGCGGCCGCUGAGACUGCUCUGAGUGUCAACCAUGACCUCAGUGACCAACAACAAGAAGGACACAGCAGGCGGGAGCGGGACUCUGAUCUGGAUGGGAGCGUGAGCACAGAUGAGAGGGAGGAAGAGGAGCAGGCCAUGACUCCACCUGAUCAACAGGUUGCGUCCUCUCUUGGCUCGGAGGGUAAGAACUGGGACGACUACAUCCUCGUGUCUCAGGAUGAGGACCUGCAGGCGGCUGACGAGGGAGGGAGAGAGGGAGCUGGAAGAGCUGCUGCCGAGCGCACUCCUCCGAUUGGACGAGGGCGCGGCAUGGUGCGACUGGAGCCCGAGGGCGCCGCAGGGACUUUCCACGACCCCCUCAUGGCUGGCCCCAACUCAGGCUCUUCUAGCCCAGACGAGGGCUCCACCCACAGCAAAGACUCUGACUUCACUAUCGUGAACCCCAACGAUCUUUGAGCACGCAAAUCCCCGGCUCCUCCUCCUCCUCUUAUACCCGUUUAAUUUCCACUGAGAGGAUGUGAUCCAAAAAAACUGACUGAGGAUCAGAAGGUGGAGUCUGCGGAGCUGCGUCAGCUAAAAAAUUGCACAUAUGGACUGUGACACUUGAGUCACACGCUUACAAUACUCUGUCUCUUUACUUGUCAUCUGUCUGAGCUGAUGCUGUAUGCUUUCUCAUCUAAUGCCUGUCUCCUCAUCAUGUCAUCUUCUGUCACGUUAUAUUUAACUGUAGCACCCUGCUCCGCAGAUAGAGGGCGCCAUUGAACUUCUUACCCCCUCACUACAUGAUUACUCUAACAUGAGUUGGACCUCAAAAUGCAUUCUUCACAGCGGAGGACUCUCCUCCUGAGCUUACUGUAAAAUUAAGAGAGUGAUGCUCCGUUUGUUCUGAAUGUGGAGAUGUCGCCGUACCUCUACUUACGUUAUUGAGUCUGUAUGUAUGGGUCCUCGCAGAGGACAUUUUCUGCUCUAAUACUUCAAGGAAAGCUGUCUGCUUCCUUCCCCUCCUGAACCAGUGCCUCUGACCAUUAUCCUCUUCAACCAAACAAAACCUGACGUUGUGAUCUUACUCUUUUUGUUAGUUUUUUCCUUUUUUAAGAGAAUGUUUUUAACCCUUAGACCUUUUAGUUUCCUGGAUACAAAAGGAAUAGGUCUUAUUUUUGUCCUUUUUAUUUUAAAAUUGAUUCCAAUGUGGACGUUUUAAUGUGUUAAUUGACAUUUUUUUUCAUUUCUCACAUUAUAACUGAGUUGUUCUCGUGUCCUGUGGAAAUCAUGUAAAGCAGCACACACAAAGAAUGUCCCUCUAGCUGCCCAAUCAGCAUAAUUAAGUCAAGACCAAUAAAACUACAUAGCGCUCACA